AAUUAAUGUGGACUUUCAACCAUAAAUACUUUCGAUAUAAUAAAUUCUCCAAUAAACUUUAAUGCUGACAUAACCAAUCAACAAUCAGUCCGUUAUCAAACAUCGUGGCAGUAAUAGAUUCGAUGCAUUUAUAACUACAUCCACGUAAAACUCGAUGUUUCUCUUCAUUAGGUUCUUUUUGAAUACCUAGUAAUUACUACGGCAUUAAUAAAUAUUAAACAUAUUAAUUCAUCAAACUUAAAAUUAAUCUUAAACACCCAGCGUAAGAUUUCAUUAUGGCAACGGAAGAACAAAGACGCGUUGCUUUAAUUACCGGUAUAACUGGACAGGAUGGCUCUUAUUUAGCUGAAUUUUUAAUUGAAAAAGGCUACGAAGUUCAUGGCAUUAUAAGAAGAGCAAGUUCAUUCAAUACAAUGAGAAUACAACAUCUUUACGAAGAUCCAAAAUGCCAUAGAGAAGGCAAAAUGAAAUUACAUUAUGGAGAUAUGACAGAUUCUAGUAGUCUUAUUAAAAUAAUUAAUAAAGUUCAACCAUUAGAAAUAUAUAAUCUAGCAGCCCAAAGUCAUGUUAAGGUGAGUUUUGAAUUAAGCGAGUAUACGGCAGAAGUCGAUGCUGUUGGUACGGUGAGGUUGUUAGAUGCCAUAAAAACAUGUCAAUUAAAAAAACCCGUCAAAUUUUAUCAAGCUUCUACCUCCGAACUUUAUGGUAAAGUUAAAGAAGUACCACAAAAUGAAAAUACACCAUUUUACCCACGUUCUCCUUAUGGUAAUAACAUAAUUAUCGAGCUACGUGAAAUUCCUAUUAAUAUGUAUUAUCAACCAUUCUAUGAAAUUUAUCCGUUAAUUUUAUUUAUGUUAAUAGCAUGUGCCAAAAUGUAUAGUUUUUGGAUUGUUAUAAAUUAUAGAGAAGCGUACAAUAUGUUUGCUUGUAAUGGUAUACUUUUCAACCACGAAAGCCCACGGCGUGGUGAAAAUUUUGUGACUCGUAAGAUUACCAGGUCAAUUGCAAAAAUACACUUAGGAUUGCAGGAUAUGGUGGAAUUAGGAAAUUUAGAUGCUAAAAGAGAUUGGGGACAUGCUAGGGAUUAUGUCGAAGCAAUGUGGUUAAUGCUACAACAAGAAGUUCCAGAUGACUAUGUAAUAGCUACAGGAGAAACGCAUAGUGUUAGAGAAUUUGUUGACGCAGCAUUUCAUGUUGUAGGAAGGACUAUUAAAUGGGAAGGUAAAGGUAUAAAAGAAGUUGGAAAAGAUGCAGUUUCGGGACAAGUACUAGUAAAAAUAAAUCCAAGAUAUUUCCGGCCUACCGAGGUUGAUCUUCUAUUGGGAGAUGCUACCAAGGCAAAACAAAAACUUGGAUGGAAACCUACAGUAUCAUUCCGGGAACUUGUUUUAGACAUGAUGAUAGCUGAUUUGGAAUUGAUGCAGAAGAAUCCAACAGCAUAAAGUUUAAAUACAAUUCAAUAUUAUUGUUUUAAUUUACUUUAAUAUGCUUCAUUUCUUCGUGAUUUUAACUUAAUUUUAUUAGAAUGAUAAUUUUAUAAACUUGAUUUCAUUGAGAGAAGCUAAUAUGUGAAUAAGCAUAUAUAAGUAUAUAUACACACCCUAAUGAAAAUAUUUGUGCUGAAUGUAUAAAAAUUUUUUCC